AUGUCUGUAUCAAGUACUUCGAAAAGAACUUCAGCCAAUAUGGCUAACCAAAUUAGUAAAAAGACUAAAACAGAAACCAAUCGUGCUAAAAAUAGUUGGAUUUGGAAUUAUUUUGAACUGAAAGAAUUGAAAAUCGUAAAAGAUACUAGUGAAAAUAUUCACAAUAAUAGUAAUGAAGAUAGUCAUGAUAAUAGUGACAAUAACAAUACACCAACCUCUCCUCCUUGUAGUACAACAUGUAUAUGA